CUCCCCACAGUGAAUCCCUGCUGCUAUUACCCCUGCCAGCACCAAGGGGUGUGCAUGAGGGUCGGCCUGGGAGGAUACGAGUGCGACUGCACGCGGACGGGAUACCACGGGGUCAACUGCACCUCCCCUGAGCUCUGGACACGCCUCCACAACCUGCUGAAGCUCAGUCCUGCCUCCUACCACUUCAUCCUGACCCAUUUCAGGUGGUUUUGGGACAUUAUCAACAGCACCUUCAUCCGGGACACGCUCAUGAGGCUUGUGCUCACAGUUCGUGCCAAUCUCAUCCCCAGCCCUCCCACCUUCAACUCUGACUACGGCUACAUCAGCUGGGAGGCCUAUGCCAACGUCAGCUAUUACACUCGCGUCCUACCGCCCGUGCCGGACAACUGCCCGACGCCCAUGGGGACCAAAGGGAAGCAGCAGCUCCCCGACGCCCAGCUCCUGGCAGAGAGGUUCCUACUGCGGCAGAAGUUUGAGGCCGAUCCCCGAGGCACCAACCUGAUGUUCGCCUUCUUCGCCCAGCAUUUCACCCACCAGUUCUUCAAGACGUCUGGGAAGAUGGGACGAGGCUUCACCAAGGCACUGGGACACGGGGUGGAUCUGGGGCACUUGUACGGGGACAACCUGCAGCGGCAGCACCAGCUGCGACUCUUCAGAGAUGGGAAGCUGAAAUUCCAGGUGGUGGAUGGAGAGGUGUACCCCCCCAUGGUCACUGAUGCCCCGGUUCACAUGGUCUACCCGUCUGCCAUCCCCAAGGAGAAGCAGCUGGCGAUGGGGCAGGAGGUGUUCGGGCUGCUGCCGGGGCUCUGCGUCUAUGCCACGCUCUGGCUGCGCGAGCACAACCGCGUCUGCGAUGUGCUCAAACGGGAGCAUCCCACCUGGAGCGACGAGCAGCUCUUCCAGACGGCUCGUCUCAUCCUCAUCGGGGAGACCAUUAAGAUUGUCAUCGAAGACUAUGUCCAGCACCUCAGCGGGUACUUCCUCAGCCUCAAGUUCGACCCCGAGCUGCUGUUUGGGACGCAGUUCCAGUACCGGAAUCGCAUCGCCGUGGAGUUCAAUCAGCUCUAUCACUGGCACGGGCUGAUGCCCGACUCCUUCGUCAUCCAGGGGGAAGAGUACAGCUAUGAGCAGUUCCUCUACAACACCUCCAUGCUCUUGGACUACGGCGUGGAGGCGCUGGUGGAGUCCUUUUCCAAGCAGGCUGCAGGAAGGAUCGGUGGGGGGCGAACCAUCAACGCCAAUGUCUUGAAAGUGGCCGUUGGGGUCAUCAAGGAAUCCCGGCAGCUGAGGCUACAGCCA